CCUCACCAGUCACCACCUCACCUCACCUCCAGCUCCAACAUUAUCCUCCUGACGACGAUCCGCAGGCGGCAGCUCUGCUCAGCAAACAAAAAUCCAUGGCGGGCGGUUACUGAAAAGGGCGAGCAGGGGAAAGUCUCAUCACGCAGAUGCAUGCCGCGCGCGGCAUCUCUUUUCCAGCGCGAAAAAGGCACGGCGUCGUCCGUCCUCUCGUCCUGACCCCCUCUGCUAGUCUGCUUCCGCUGGCUCACCAACUCCGCCCUCGCCCUCUUCACUCCCUACUAGUCCCUCUUCACGCGCGAGCAAGAGAGAACCGACCAGCCUGGGCUAGCAGCUAGCUACCACCACUCCGCUGCGCUUUUUGACGCCGCGCACCCUACCAUCCCCUGCCCCGCACGCCGUCCCCUCCUGCGGUUCGCCAGGUCUCGGCAGGUGUCAGGUGUGGCGUCAAUGGUGUGGGUCUGACCCUGACUGGCCCAUCCAUCCGUCGCCUACUACUAGCUAGCUCCGGGUGGAGUGGAGCUAGUCAUGGCAGCCAUCAUCAUCGUAGCCACACUUCUCGCUCGUCAUCACGAGCUGCUGCUGAGAGCCUGAGAUAGUUGCCGUUGCGGCGCAGCCGAGUCGGCUCCGUGUCCGUCCGUCCACUCGCAGCGCAGUGGCCGCCCUGCCUGCCCACAGCCCACGGGCUGUGCCUGCGGCGUCCACAUAUUUGCGUCGCGGCUGCGGCGGCGGCGGCCGCCUUGUCGUUUGCCCUGUCGCGGCUCUGCUCGAUCGGCUGCGACGGUUAGUUUUACUCCCGGAGGUGUACUUCGCGGGCGCGGGGCUGCGGGAGCCGAGAGGAGGUGAGUAAAGUGUAAAGAAUUGGAGGCGACCGUGGAUUGGAUGCUGUGCGUGCGCGCGGAGGACGCGCUCGUGGCCGCUGCCGCGGCGUCCGACAAGAUGCACUCCGUGACCCUGGGCGGGUCGAUCCAGAGGGCGGUGCGGAGGAUGGCCGGCGGCGGCGGCGGCCGGAGGAGACCCGGCGCCUUGGCGGACCCGAGGACCGGCGACGCGUCGUCGGCGUCGGCUAGCUGCUCCGGGGAUGAUACCAGCAUUGGUAGUGCCACUGCCAAGAGGGAAGGGGCACGAAGGUGCAUCAUGCAGCGGUACAGGUCCCAGCUCGAGCAGGAAGUCAAGAAACUGCAAAGGCAACUGCAAGAAGAGAUUGAUUUACAUCUGGCGUUGGCAGAUGCCAUUACAUAUAAUGCGGCGCUGAUACUUAAGUCGUCUAUAAAGCUUCCAGAUAAGGCGCAUGAGCUAUUAAUUAGCAUAUCCUCUUUGGAAAUCGCUAUCACAAAGCUUGAAGAGGAUCUAAAUCACCUGCAUUACCAAUUAUACCAUGCAAGGAAUGAAAGGUUUCUUGCGGAAAAUAAGCCAGGAUACUUGCUACCUACAAGAUCAGAUUGUCAACCCUCCACAGCUUGCAAUUGUACAUGGGAAGAACCUGAACAAAUGUUAAGAGAAUUGAUAUUCAGAGAUUAUCACUCAGUCCAAGAAGAUUUUUCAACUGAACCUGAAGAUCAACAGGAUGAUGAAAAAUACGUUAAAGGUAGAGAACGUGUAUCUCUAAAUAUGCUGCUAGAAAAGCACCAAGAUAUUUCUUCAACUGGGCUGUUUGUACACCGAGAUGAAGAGAUGCAAGAGGCAUGCUCUAUGGAAAAAGAAGGCGAAGAAGAUCAGAAGAUAGAUAUGUUACCAUUUAACCUGCCCAAUUUGAAGAAAGGCAACAUGAGUGAAAAUCUGUGGAAUAAUCCAAAUCAGCUCUCUGAAGAGAUGGUGCUCUCCAUGAAAGAUAUAUUCCUUAAUUUAUCUACAUCUUCCAAGAUGUCACCAGAGGAGCCUUUUUCUAAUUCAUCUUCAUCAGCAGAGCAUCUAUCUGGUUCAACAUUGACUACUUUGUCGGAUUCAUCUGUAAUAGCCUCAGUGCAGCCCAGUCCUUCAAUGUACCUGAACCACGAUGAUGGUAACUUUGACCCGUACAAUGUUAAUGGAAAGGAAGCACAGAGAGACAUUGGCAGCUAUAGUUCAGUAGCUGAAGUGUCUUGGAUGUAUAUUGGCAAUGAACAACUUGAAUAUGCAUCUGGAGCUCUGAGAAAGUUCAGGUUUCUUGUGGAGCAACUAUCAAAGGUUGACACUUCUUGUAUGAACUGUGAUGAACGGUUAGCAUUUUGGAUUAACCUUUACAAUGCAUUAAUCAUGCAUGCCUAUUUGGCAUACGGUGUCCCUGAAAACGACAUUAAGCUUUUCGCGCUAAUGCAAAAGGCCUGUUACACGAUCUGUGGGCAGCCUGUCAGUGCAGCUGAAAUAGAGUUUGUGAUUCUGAAGGUGAAGACUCCAGUGCACCGGCCACAACUCUCCUUGAUGCUGGCCCUUCACAAAUUUAAAACAUCAGAGAAUCUCAAGAAAUAUUCAAUCGAUGGUACUGAGCCUCGUGUGCUCUUUGCACUCUGUUGUGGGAUGUUCUCUUCGCCUGCGGUAAGGAUUUUCUCUGCUGAAAAUGUUCGAGCCGAGCUACAAGAAUCAAUGAGAGACUACAUCCGAGCAUCUGUUGGUGUCAAUGACAAGGGGGAGCUUAUGGUCCCCAAGUUACUGCAGAGCUAUGCCAAGGGCAUUGUGGAGGACUCUCUGCUUGCCGACUGGAUCUGCCGUCAUCUAACACUAGACCAACUCGCUGCAGUCCAAGAUACAUCGUCGUCACAUACACAGCGCCUUCUUGGAGUGCGCAGUUUCAGCGUCAUCCCAUUCGAUUCAAGAUUCCGGUACCUGUUCUUGUUCGACAACAGUAGAUGACAGAACUGCAUUGCUCAAUGUGCACAAAGCCAAGAGUGGGCGGGGGGGGGGGGGGGGGGGGGGGGGGGGUGUGGAAUUAGCCAUGCUGUACAUUUUGUAAUUUUUUUGGGGGGUGUGGGGGUCACUAGGAUUCUUCUCUGUAUAUAAAAUUCAGUUAACUUUUGUACGUCGAGCAAACCCAAAAUAUAACUGUAGAUUCGCAGAUGGUUCA